GGUGCAGUCCUGGAGCGUCCCUGGGACGGUGGAGUCAGCACGGUCCCGUGCUGGAGGGCAGCCCCGAACAAGGGUGGGGGGAAGCCCAAGGGCUGGGUCCCAAGGCCGGGGGGCCUAGAGGGCCUAGGGGGCCUCAGGUAGCCCUGGGUCCCACUUAAGUCUGGAGUGAUCUGGGGCACAGUGGAGCCCGUUGAGGAGGCUGGGCCCCGGGAAGAUGGGGAGAUCUGUGAGGGAGCUGCGCUUCUAAUUGCCGAGUUCCCCCAGGACAUGGAGAAGGAGCAGGAGACUCUGCAAGCCUGGAAGGAGCGAGUGGGGCAGGAGCUGGACCGAGUGGUGGCUUUCUGGAUGGAGCACUCCCAUGACCAGGAGCAUGGGUGUGGAUGUAUUGUCGCCUGUACCGCAAGCUCGAGCGCUUCCGCCUCCCUGAGCUUCUGGAUUCAGCUAAAGCAGGUGGUGAAUUCUUGCUGCGUCAUGCCCGAGUGGCACCUCCUGGGAAGAAGUGUGCCUUUGUGUUGACACGGGACGGCCGCCCUGUCAAGGUGCAGAGGACCAUCUUCAGCGAGUGUUUCUACACCAUGGCCAUGAACGAGCUGUGGCGGGUGACAGGGGAAGCGCGUUACCAGAGCGAAGCGGUGGAGAUGAUGGACCAGAUCGUGCACUGGGUGCGAGAGGACCCGUCAGGGCUUGGCCGGCCCCAGCUCCCGGGGACCCCGGCCUCGGAGUCCAUGGCGGUGCCCAUGAUGCUGCUUAGCCUAGUGGAGCAGCUUGGGGAGGCGGACGAGGAGCUAGCAGGCAACUACAUGGAGCUGGGCAACUGGUGUGCCCAGAGGAUCCUUCAGCACGUCCAGAGGGAUGGGCAGGCUAUACUGGAGAACGUGUCAGAGGGCGGCGAGGAACUUUCUGGUUGCCUGGGGAGACACCAGAACCCAGGCCACGCGCUGGAAGCUGGCUGGUUCUUACUCCGUCACGCCACCCGGAAAGGUGACCCAGAACUUCGAGCCCAUGUUAUUGAGAAGUUCCUAUUGUUGCCUUUCCGCUCUGGAUGGGACCCUGACCACGGAGGCCUCUUCUACUUCCAGGAUGCCGACGGCCUUUGCCCCACCCAGCUUGAGUGGGCCAUGAAGCUCUGGUGGCCACACAGCGAAGCCAUGAUUGCCUUCCUCAUGGGCUACAGUGACAGUGGGGACCCUGCCUUACUACAGCUCUUCUACCAGGUGGCUGAGUACACCUUCCGCCAGUUUCGCGAUCCAGAGUUCGGGGAAUGGUUUGGCUACCUGAACCGUGAGGGGAAGGUCGCCCUCACCAUCAAGGGGGGUCCUUUCAAAGGCUGCUUCCACGUGCCACGGUGCCUAGCCAUGUGCGAGGAGAUGCUGGGAGCCCUGCUGAGCCGCCUUGCCUUGGCCCCGGCCCCCGGCGCCCGGUUUCCGCCCGCUGUCCCCGCCCGCCAAGGAGCGGAAUAAAGCUGAGCCUACUCCACU